AUGACCCAGAAACUCUCGUCUUCUGAUAUACCAUCAUACAGCCAGAUUGCCUGUAUUGGUGCUGGUUUCUCAGCUGUGGCUCUGGGCGCAACCCUCCAACGGUGGUAUGGGUUUGAGGAUAUCCACUUUUUUGACCGACACCCCACCAGCGGUGGAACAUGGUACAUCAACUCUUAUCCUGGCGCCGGUUGUGAUGUUCCCAGCGUGCUUUACAGCUACUCCUUCGAGCCCAACCCCAACUGGACCAAGCUCAUGCCCUCAAAGGAGGAAAUCAAACAGUACCACGACCAUGUCUUGGAGAAGUAUCGCCUUCAACACAAGAUGACCUUCUCAACAGAGGUCAUCGGGAGUGUUUGGCGGGAUGAUGCCGACCGAUGGCUCAUUUACCUACGCGAUCUCCAAACCGGGCGGACGUUCACCCAUGAAUGCCAAGUUCUUUUCACGGCGACUGGCCUGCUCGUCGAGCCUCGUCCUUGCGAUAUACCCGGGGCUGAGGGCUUUCAAGGAGCAAUUUUUCACUCAGCGAGGUGGAAUCAUGAUGUUGAUCUAGAGGGAAAGAAUGUUGUUGUCGUCGGAAAUGGAUGUACUGCUACUCAAAUUGUGCCCGCUCUAGCAAAGAAAGUGAAGUCCCUGACUCAGAUCAUCCGAUCCCAACACUGGGUCUUCCCAACUUCCAAUUUCACCUACGGACCGUUUCUCCAAUGGGUCUUCCGCCACAUCCCUUUUGCACUGAAACUACAUCGAUUUCAAAUCUUCCUGGUCGCUGAAAAUAGCAUCCGGUUGUUUCCCAUGACGAAGGCUGCAGCAAGACUCCGAGAGCAAUGGAGGAAGAAAGUCGAGAGUUAUAUGCGUGCCACUGCCCCGGCAAAGUAUCAUGAUAUCCUUAUUCCGGACUUUGAAGUUGGCUGCAAGAGACGAAUCUUCGACUGCUGCUAUCUCCAGUCGUUGAACAACGACAACGUUGUCCUGACGGACUCUAAGAUCGAGAAGAUCGUUAAAGAAGGAAUCCAAACAAACAGAGGUAUCAUUCCCGCCGAUGCAAUUGUCCUUGCAACCGGCUUCCAGACCAGCAAGUUCCUACCCAACAUGGAUGUUGUGGGUCGCGAUGGGAAAAGCCUCAACGAUCACUGGUCUGAAUUCGGGGGUCCAUCGGCGUACAAUUGCUCCGUCAUGAAUGGGUUUCCCAAUUUCUUUAUGCUACUUGGUCCGAACGCAGCGACGGGACAUACGUCUGCCCUGAUAGCAGCGGAGAACUCUGUGAACUAUGCGCUCCGUAUUUUGAAGCCCGUGUUGGAAGGGAAGGCCUCUGCCGUGGAGGUCAAGCAGGAUGCGGAGCGUGACUAUAUCUACUGGGUUCAAGAUGCCCUGAGCAAGCGGGUGUGGAACGCAGGUUGUGUAUCGUGGUAUUUGAACGAUCGAAGGUGGAACUCUAUAGCCUAUCCAUGGACCCAGGGCCACUACUGGUGGCGCAGUCUGUUCCCUACUUGGUCGGACUGGAACAUUAAGGUCAGUUUGCUUUGA